CUAGAUAAGGUUAGGAAGAAAGAGGGCAAUGGCUGCGAUUAGUUGCAGCAACCAAACUGCAAUGGCUUCUCUGCCAGCCCUUCCAUCUUCUUCUUCUUCUUCUUCUUCUCUGCUCCCAACCAACAAUCAACACCUCUCCCUCUUUCACGUCCCCAGUAGAUGCAUCAAAGUCUCCAAAAAGCCUCUCUCUUUCAGAGUUCAGGCCGCCAAGCUUCCAGCUGGUGUGGAGUUGCCAAAGGUGAAGCCCGAGUUCAAAGCCCCUUUUGGUGGGUUCACAAGGACGGCAGAGAUAUGGAACUCGAGAGCCUGCAUGAUUGGGCUCAUUGGCACUUUCGUUGUGGAAUUCAUUAUACACAAGGGAAUUCUUCAAGUGAUUGGAGUGGAUGUUGGGAAAGGGCUUGAUCUCCCGCUUUGAAUCCUCACACUGCUUUCGUUUGCACCAAACGUUGGCAUUUUACUUUUCUGUAAUUUUUGUGGAUAGAAUUGCAGUUGUCUGCACUGUCUUGUUUCUGGCUUUGCUUUUGCUUUUCUUGGUUGUAAAAUGAAGCCUGAAAAUCAUCUCAAAAGUCCAUACUUUUUCUCUUUUAGAAA